GACAGCUUAACUUGCAAAUGUAUUAAUUUGUUACCUGUGUGAAGCAACAAACUGUAGAGAAAAAAGCUUGAAGAUGGAAUAAAACUAUUAAGGAAUAUUUUACUAAUUCGGAACAGGAGGACAGGAGAAAAUAAGAGGAAUUUGAGCUCAUUGAUUAAUAAUAAUCUUGAAAAUAAUAUUCACUACGAAGACAACAGUCGGAGUGAAAUGAUUGUUAAGGAGUGGAUCUGAACAGCAGAAAAAAACUUGUAACAAACUAAUAUUGAAAAAAAAAAAAAUGGAAAUGUUUAAAGAGCUAAACUGUAGUGGGUUUAUCUAAGUUUACUAAUCUAAGUCUACGAAAUCGUUGACGAAAAAUCAUCAAGGAUCUUUCUUCAAAUAAGUGAAGUGAAGGGAACUAAAAAUUUCUCAAACGCCUUUUUGUUACUAGUGAUCGAAACCUAUCUUGAUGUCCUCGGCCGAUGCAGAAGAUACGGACGAAGAGCUCGAUGCGUUCUUACAGUUGGAGGAAGAUUUGCGAAACAUAAAAUCUGUGAUUCAUGUUACCCGAGAAAACAUCGACGCUCUAAAUGAAAAAUUUGCUGACUUUCAGCAGCCACCGGCGCUGUACCUGGAAGAGUAUCAGGAACUCACCUCAAAACUUCAUGAUCUUGAGAUCAAGGAACAGGAUCUUAUGGAAAAGAAGAUACAAAUGCAGAAUGAACAGUUAAGCGAACCCAGCGAACCUCCUGAUCCAGCAGAGCGGGUAGAGACUGAGAGCAUGUGCGGUACACUAAGUAGACAGUCGAAAAUGUUAUUACGAGCCUUCUUACCAAAUCAGCAACGUACAUCCGUGCAAGUAAUUCCAGGAAUGCGGUUAAAGGACGCCUUAGCGAAAGCAUUAAAACGCCGUAACCUUACUUGUGAGUUCUGUGAGGUAACUGCCGGCAACAGUAACUAUCCGAUUCCGUGGGAAACUGAUGUAAGCGCUCUAAACUGCGAUGAAGUGUUCGUUCGUAUCCUGGACAUUGGAUUCCCAACGUAUAUAUCGCAUCAGUUUAUCCGGAAAACAUUUUUUUCCCUUGCAUUCUGUGAGUGCUGCCGCCGUUUGCUGUUUACUGGAUUUUACUGUAAUCAGUGUAACUAUAGAUUCCACCAGCGAUGUGUCGAUAAAGUACCACCUAUAUGCAGCAAGCGACACAUGGAUAGCACAUUUUAUCAUGUGCUUCUGGCCAACCCAGAAAGCACGGCUGGCAUCAUUAAUCCAGGGGCCGGUGGAUACAGUACAAGCUUGCGUCAUCCACGUUCUCUCAACCAGCAUGAUCGUUCCAAUUCGGCUCCAAAUGUUUGCAUUAAUAAUGUGAUAAAGCCAUUCUUCGGAGGAGAAAAUAGACAUGUGAUCAGCAAUCGACCAUUACAGGCACAACCAAAUCAAGAGCAUUCGCAUUCCACACAAGCAUCACCUACAAACACAUUAAACCAUAGCAAAAGACCGCGGGCUCGAUCAGCUGAUGAAAGCAAUAAGAAUCUGCUAUCUCCAAGGGAUUCCAAGCAAUCCGAUGAAAACUGGAAUAUCCAGGCAGAGGAAAUUUUAAUAGGACAACGAAUUGGUUCUGGAUCGUUUGGUACAGUUUAUAAAGCUCAUUGGCAUGGACCAGUGGCCGUAAAAACAUUGAACGUAAAAACCCCAAGUCCGGCACAGCUACAAGCAUUCAAGAAUGAAGUAGCAAUGUUAAAGAAAACACGUCAUUGCAACAUUCUACUAUUUAUGGGUUGUGUUAGUAAACCAUCUCUAGCGAUUGUGACGCAAUGGUGUGAAGGUAGCAGUUUGUAUAAACAUAUUCACGUUAACGAGACCAAGUUCAAGCUAAACACGCUGAUUGAUAUCGCUCGGCAAGCAGCUCAAGGAAUGGAUUAUUUACAUGCAAAAAAUAUUAUUCAUCGUGAUCUUAAGUCUAAUAACAUUUUCUUGCAUGAUGAUUUUUCGGUGAAAAUUGGUGACUUCGGCUUAGCAACAGCAAAGGUACGGUGGUCCGGAUCUCAACAAUCGAAUCAACCAACUGGAAGUAUUCUUUGGAUGGCACCGGAAGUUAUUCGUAUGAAGGAGCAAAAUCCUUAUUCAUUUCAAAGUGACGUUUACGCGUUCGGUAUUGUACUAUACGAAAUGCUGACCGAGCAAUUGCCAUACAAUCACAUCAAUAACAAAGACCAGAUUUUGUUCAUGGUUGGCUGUGGAAAGUUACGGCCAGAUUCGACAAAAGUACGAACUGACUGUCCACAAGCUUUAAAGCGUUGUGUUGAGGAUUGCAUUAAGUUCAAUCGUGAUGAACGACCGCUCUUUCGAUUAUUGCUAAACAUGUUAGAAAAUAUGCUGCGAACCAUGCCUAAGUUCCACCGUAGCGCAAGUGAACCUAAUUUUACUCAGACCCAACUACAAAAUGACGAUUUUCUAUAUAUGUGUUCAAGUCCUAAGACACCGGUAAACUUCCACAACUUUCAAUUCUACAACGGCGCAGGAAAUUAUUAACCUAUUGAACUGAUAUAAUAGUCGUUACUAGAAACAUGCUUUAUUGUUUUAUAAAUUAAACAGAUUCAUCUUGUUAGUUUCUCGCGUAGAAGUGUAGAAUGCAGUAAAUCUUGCAAAUAGAUCAUCGCAUAGUAAAAGGAUGAUAGUAAAAACAAAUUAAACAAGUACGACAAAAUGACAGGAAUUUUGUCAUGAAAAAUCCAAGCGUUUGAUAAAACUACUUACUAUCUGUUUAUCUUUACUUAAUUUGUGUAGCACGCAUGAAUGAUAGCUUAUUUGAAUAAAAUCUCAUUAUACAAUUUUUUAAACGAGA